GGGAGCGUGCGCGCGGUGACGUGCGGGCGCCAUGUUGGAGGGCUGGUGGUAGCGGCUCGGGGAGGUGCUCGCUCUCUCGGUCUCGCUCUCUCGCUCGCUUCCCCCGGCUCCCUUCGUUCCCCCCCCCGGUCGCCUGCGUGCCAGAGUGUGUGCGAGGGAGGGGGAGGGCGUCGGGGGGGUGGGGGGAGGCGUUCCGGUCCCCGGGCGACCCGCGGAGGGAGGCGGAGGCUGCGAGGGACUCCGGGAAGCCAUGGACGUCGAGAGGCUGCAGGAGGCGCUGAAAGAUUUUGAGAAGAGGGGGAAGAAGGAAGUUUGUCCUGUCCUGGAUCAGUUUCUUUGUCAUGUAGCCAAGACCGGAGAAACAAUGAUUCAGUGGUCCCAAUUUAAAGGCUAUUUUAUUUUCAAACUGGAGAAAGUGAUGGAUGAUUUUAGAACUUCAGCUCCUGAACCAAGAGGUCCUCCCAACCCUAAUGUUGAAUAUAUUCCCUUUGAUGAAAUGAAGGAAAGAAUACUGAAAAUUGUCACUGGAUUUAAUGGUAUCCCUUUUACUAUUCAGCGACUAUGUGAAUUGCUGACAGAUCCACGGAGAAACUAUACAGGAACAGACAAAUUCCUCAGAGGAGUAGAAAAGAAUGUGAUGGUUGUUAGCUGUGUUUAUCCUUCUUCAGAGAAAAACAGUUCUAAUAGUUUAAAUCGAAUGAAUGGUGUUAUGUUUCCUGGCAAUUCACCAAGCUAUACUGAGAGGUCUAAUAUAAAUGGGCCUGGAACACCCAGGCCACUUAAUAGACCGAAGGUUUCUUUGUCAGCCCCCAUGACAACAAAUGGUUUACCUGAGAGCACAGACAACAAAGAGUCAAACUUACAGCCAAAUGAAGAGAAAAAUCACAGUGACUUUUCGACAUCUGAAUCUGAAGUUUCCUCAGUGAGCCCUAUAAAAAAUAAACAUCCAGAUGAAGAUGCUGUGGAAGCUGAGGGGCAUGAGGUCAAAAGACUCAGAUUUGACAAAGAAAGUGAAGUCAGAGAAACGGCCAGUCAAACAACUGCCGGGGAAAGUUCCUCAGUUAUGGUAGAAGAAACAGAAGCAGCAUCUUCAUCUCAGGAUAAAGACAAAGAAAGUAGUUGUACCAGGCAGCAUUGUACAGAAGACGACGAAGAAGAGGAUGAAGAGGAAGAAGAAGAGUCUUUUAUGACAUCAAGAGAAAUGAUUCCAGAAAGAAAAAAUCAAGAAAAAGAAUCUGAUGAUGCCUUAACUGUGAAUGAAGAGACUUCUGAGGAAAAUAAUCAAAUGGAGGAAUCGGAUCUGUCUCAAGCUGAGAAAGAUUUACUACAUUCUGAAGGUAGUGAAAACACAGGCCCUGUAAGUAGUAGUUCUUCUGACUGCCAUGAAACAGAAGAAUUAUUAAUAGGAUCCAAUUCCAGUAAAACUGGAGAGAUUUUUUCAGAAUCAUCCAUCGAAAAUGAUGACGAAGCUACAGAAGUCACAGAUGAACCAAUGGAACAAGACUAACUAUUUAGAAACAUUUAGAUGCAGUAUUUUACAUACAGUUCUGGUUUUAACACUGUAUAAAACUUUUCUGUAAAAGUGGACCUUAGUUUUACAAGAGAAGCAGGUUGUAAAAUAAAGAGUUGUACAUGUAAGAACUGUGAAUAUCAGCUCCUCUGGGUCCUGCUUACCGCUGACUUUUUUUUGGUUUGGUCAAAUCAGUGGUUUGUGUAUAGAUUUUUUUUUUUUAAUUUAGAAUUAAAGUUUUUAAACUGGAAAGUAAUUAUAAUUUUGAAAAUUUUUUGGGAUUAUCACAUUUAGUUUAAAUAUAUGCAAGAAAACUUUUUUGUCUUGUCUCUUUCUGACAGCUCUAGCAGUUUUCAUAUUUCAGUCAUAGUUUCGGCAUUUUAACAUGUGAAUUAUAGGGUUUCAUGCUGGUUUCCAGAUUUUAUUGUUUGACUAUGUACAAGGGAACUUUAUGUCAUAUAUACAUAUAUAUAAUAUUCUAAGGGGGGAAAUGUUAUAUUUUUCUGUUUCUAUAAGAGAUGAAUACAAUGGAUACUUUUUCUAUUGGUAAUGAUUGAGUUCACCUCUUUCAGAAGACAUUUUCUUUCUCUUCUGAGUAAUUGAAAUAAAAUCUGGCCCUAGUGAAACCCUGGAAAUCUUAAGUCUGUUGAAAUACCAGGUUAAACACAUUCCAAGAGAUCUGUUCAAACUGAAAUUCUUUUGUAUAACUUCUGAGGUGCCUGAGAAAAAAAGGCUUCAUUAUUUAUGAGAAAAUGUGCUUUAUCUUGGAAAUUGCAUUCAAACAGUAGCUUACUAUUUUGUAGAAUGAAUGCUUAUGAAGCUGACACGAGAGACCAUCUCAGAAGAACCUGGCAGGUUCCUUGACUUUUUGCUUGCUUUUCUGAACAUUGUGAAUAUUACACAUUUUUUUCUAAAUUAUUCUAGGGUAUGCAAAUGUCAAUGGUAUGAAACACCACUGUACUGGAAGAAUUAAUAUAUUACUUUAGUAAUGUACCUGAGCUAAAUGACUGAAGCUUUAGGGGUGCAUAGAAACCACCAUGAUUUGUAUAACAUUUUGAAGUGAAUUAAAUAUUUUUGAACAUGCUUCUUCGACAGCCAGUGUUAUAUUUUUCAGAUCAACACAAAGCACAAUGGUUACUCUAAACUCAAUAUUUUCAAAUUCACAUAUUUAAAGUCAUGCAAGCGGCAACUUCCCUGUCAAAAUUACUGGCUGCCAAAUUUAUACCUGUUUCUUCAGCUGUACCUUUUGAUAUUUAGAAUUUUUAAAUUUCUGUAAAGUAGAUUUUGUAGACUGUAAUGUGUUCGCUGCCUUUGUGAAGCGGUAUAUAAUUGUAUAAUUUCUGUGUGUAAACUGAAUGCUUGGGCUUUCAAUACAGUAUUCAUAUAAAGCAAUAAAUAUUAAUGUUAUGAAAUA